UAGUUCAGGCAUUAAUUGUGUUACCGAUUUCGGUGAAGUGCAGUGUUUGUGUUCUCUACUAGUGAAUAAAUAUACAUAUACAUAUAAAAAAAAAUGACUGGUCGCGGCAAAGGUGGUAAAGGUUUGGGAAAAGGUGGUGCCAAGCGUCAUCGUAAAGUUUUGCGUGAUAACAUCCAGGGUAUUACCAAGCCAGCUAUUAGACGUUUGGCUCGUCGUGGCGGUGUGAAACGUAUAUCUGGUUUGAUAUAUGAAGAAACACGUGGAGUUUUGAAGGUAUUUUUGGAAAAUGUUAUCCGUGAUGCAGUCACUUAUACCGAACAUGCCAAAAGAAAGACAGUUACAGCAAUGGAUGUUGUAUAUGCUCUGAAGAGACAAGGCCGCACUCUGUAUGGUUUCGGCGGUUAAAUAAAUUUUGCGGACAAUACAGAGAUAAUAAAACAAAAAACGGUCCUUUUCAGGACCACA